ACACAAAAACAAACCGACGAGAGACACGUGUUUAUUUGAAGAGGGUCGCCGGCCUUUGUCAUGUAUAUUAUGCUAUGAAAAGACCAUCUGGAGUACCAGCUACUUUACAGAGGAACCGGCUUAAUUGCAGUUAAUUUAAUAAGGACUUUAUUUUCGCCUGACUUGUAGUGUUUGACUCUGACAGAGGCCUGGGGGCGAUAAUUUACGACGCGCAAUUUUAGGAAUUUACGCGAGACUCGCGUCGUCAUGGCAACCAGCUUAAGUUAAUAAACAAUAAAGUGUAUUUCCUAGUGCGCUUAGAAAACGCGCUGUGUGUAAAUAUAAGAGUUUAUGAUACGAACUGGAUAAGGAGGAUAAAACAGUAGCUUAAUGUGGGGAAGAGAGAGUUUUUGUAAAAGAAACGGACGUGGGAUUCAGGAAUGGCCGGAUGGAUGUAAAUACGAGGGGGAAUUCGUGAAUAACCUGAAGCACGGCACUGGUGUCUUCACAUGGCCAAAUGGAGAGUUCUAUAAAGGUUCAUUUUUUAAGGAUUAUCGGCAUGGGAAAGGCAUGUAUUCCUGGCCUGAUGGAUCCAAAUACACAGGAAAGUUUUAUUUGAACCGAAAAGAAGGAUAUGGAGUACAAGUUUUCCCAGACGGAUCAACUUUUGAGGGUCUGUAUCAUGCUGAUGAACGCUUUGGCCCCGGGGUCAUGACGUACCCUGAUGGGCGGCAGGAUGUGGGCCUUUGGCACAGAGAGAGGCUACUGCGACUCUGCACCACACUGGAGAGCGGCUUCAGUCUGGAGGACUUCCCAGAACAUAUGAGAAGACUGCCUAGGAAUCACCUGAAACAACCUCAGCUUCUUCUUGAUGUGGAGUCGAGUAGAGAGACCGAUCAGGGUCUAUCAGAGGACAAGGACCGUUUCAUCCUUCCUCCAGAUAUAGAGAGCUACUCCACAGAUUCAGACCAUCUGCCCAUCCCCAGAUGUCUACGACGGGAACUGGACCUUCACUUUUUUGGUACGAGUGACGUCAGCAAAGAGCAGCAAUCACCAUCAACAGCCUUGCCACUACAACAGCGCAUGAAUGCACACAUUCAGAGACACAGAUCUGAGACAGACGCAUUAGACUGGGACGUUGCUGCUGUUCUGAAUAUGAACAGGACUCAAUUCGGACCCAAAGGUCCCUUGGAGCUGAACUCAGAGAAACUAAUCAAGGAAGCUUCACACGGUGAAUGCAGGAAUGUUUACCGAAUCCUCAGAGAUGAAAAAGUCCACCCUGACGUGAGUGACGCACGGGGACAUACAGCUCUCAUAGCAGCUACGGUUAAUUGUCAUAAUGAUGUCAUCCACAUACUGUUGGACAACGGAGCCGAUGUUAAUAAAUUAAAUGAUGAAGGCAUGUCCGCUCUGGCUGUUUGUCAUGUCCUCUACUACCCACUUCAGUCUUUACACGAGACGCUGGCUGAAAGAGUGACACAGAAUAUCAGCCCAGAACCACAGAUCAAGCCUUUGGAAGACGUCUCCCAUGAAUCCUCUCCAGAUCCAAUGACAGAAACACCCAAAGAUGAAAGCGGCCAAGAGACAUUUGAGACGCCAACAGAAAGCGACCAAGCUGACCGAAGUCUUGAACCAGAGAACCUCAAUAACUUGGAGAAACUUGAAGAGCAAAUAAAUGAAGACGAGAUAGUUCCUCAGCCUGACCAAGCAGAAGAACCUCAACCUCAUUUUCAAAUCAAUGAAGAUACAGACCCAAACAACGAGCCACAUGUUAUCAUCAUGUCAAGAUCUAUUCAAGUAUUUGAUGAUAAAAUCCCAGUGGGUUCUGUAUCGUGGAGAGAGAAGGAAGCAAAGACAGUUGUUGACACUGAGGAAGAGAUGACAGAUCUGGAGAUUGAAGAAAACCUGGAGAGGAGCAUCAGAUCAGAUGAUCCUACUUUUGAUUCCGCACGUUCUAUGGCUAGUUUUCACAUUGACGUCACAGAGGAGAUCCUGCAGAAGAGUGCUGAGAUCCUGUGCCAGACAGGAACAGUGACUCCAGCAGACACCCAGGAGACGGUCCGGAAAAUUGCACUGCUGAAGACAGAACACAGGAAUCGAUGGACAACAAUUAAGCUUCUGUUGGAGAGAGGAGCAGACCCGAAUGCCUCUACUGUCCCCAUGCCCGUCAUCUUCCUGGCUAUCAAAGCUGCCCAUGUCAAGGGCGUCCGUCGUCUGCUGGAGUGCGGGGCUCGUACAGACAUACCUCUACUUCCAGAGCAAAAGGGUCUAUAUCCCCUUCACAUAGCAGCAGGUUUAUCUGGAGCAGAGGGUCCUGAAAUCACAGAGCUCCUCCUGCACGCCCUGGCGGACCCUGAUGUCAAAGCUCAGGAUACCCAUGAAGUCUACGAGUUUGACAAGGACAUGUUUGAGCCUCAGGCUUUUAAGAAUCAGCAUCUCAUAGCCUCUGGACCCCUGGCGAAAUUCAACGAAGCCCAUAUUGAAGUUCCUCAGGAAGGCGGGAGGACACCACUACAUGUGGCCUGCCAAAGAGACAGCGAUUAUGCAAACGCUAGAGAUGUGGUGGCACUUCUCCUUUCUCACAACGCAAACCCCAACGAUGUGUGGAGUGGCCAUUCACCCCUGUCUCUGGCCAUUGCGAGUGGCAACGACCUUGCUGUGGAUGAACUGCUAGCUGGAGGGGCCGAUCCUAAUCUUCCUCUCACUCGUCAUGUGGGCAGUGCUCUCUGUGCCCUUGCCAACAUCAGCUACGACCGUGGGCCACAUCCACGCAACCAAGUCAAGCUGCUGGAGAAGCUGAUCAAAGCGGGAGCUGACAUCCUCAUGCCUGUUGUGGUGGGCGAAGGCCGCAGGUGCGCUGUGGGAACAGUCGUGGAUUAUGCGCACUGCGCAUUCCAACAGAACCAGCGCAUGGCCCACACCCCGUACCAUGCCCUCAACAAGCAUGAGAGACAAGCCUAUAACGCCCGCCGGCAGUUGUUAGACCUCAUGGGAGAUCUGCUGAGACAGGCAGCGAUAAGAAUGGAGAAGGAACGGAGCCAAGAUGUACUCGGUGUCAGUCCCGCAGAGAAACUUCUACGUACCGGAUCAGGAGCGACACCGAGUCAGCUGAGCUCUCCUGAGGAGAACAACAGGACUUCCUUUAACAAACGCAUCAAUCAGAGAGUACAGAGAAAGCCUCGCUUCAAAUAUUGCUAUGAGUGCGGCCGUUCGGUGGGAGUACAGCUGUUGGCCUGUACCCGCUGUCGUGAGGUCUUCUACUGUAGCAAAACCUGCAAAACCAAAGCGUGGGACGAGCGCCACAGGGACGAGUGUGUCCGUGUGCCAGUGGUGAGUGGAAAAAGCAGCAGAGAUAAAUGCGCAUCUAUCGGACCAUGUUCACCUCAGUCCACCAAAGACGCUAAAGGCAAGACCUUCCACCUGAGCGUGACCCCAGAAAUACCAGAAUAUGACCCAAACGAAAAUUACAGCUUUAUUUAG